GAAACAUCCGUGGUAUUGUCUCCUUUACUAUAGUUCACCUUUAAUCGGGUUAAGCAACGUGUUACCAGCAGGUAGAUAAUAUGACGUUCAUAGCGGCUGAUUCCGUUCAACGGGCGGCCACUAUACGCAAGCGCAGAACCACAGCCAGCAUUUGAAAAAAAAAAAAAAAACGAAGAAAAGUGCCAAGUUCCGGUUGGAAACUUUUUAUUUUUGUCCCGAGCUCUCGGAGGACACCCACUUCUUCUCCCAACUUGUCCAGCAAUGUCUUCCUCCCUCAACGGCAGCGCGCGUUUCAACGAGGCCCGGAGAGUAGCUAUCUUCGGUGGGACUCACGGGAACGAGAUGUCCGGCGUGACGCUCGUUAACCUGUGGAUGAAGAACAGCGCCGAGAUCCAAAGGAAGACCGUCCACACUAAACCUUUUAUUACCAACCCGAGAGCUGUGGAGAAAUGUGCUCGAUACGUGGACACGGAUCUGAACCGAGCUUUUACUCCGGAAAACCUCAGCGCUUCAGGUGGCAAGGAGUUGCCAUACGAGGUGCAGAGAGCUCAGGAGAUCAACAGACUAUUUGGACCGAAAGGAAGUCCAGAGGCCUAUGAUGUCAUCUUUGACCUCCACAACACCACAUCCAACAUGGGCUGCACGCUUAUUCUGGAGAACUCCAAAGACCACUUCAAUCUGCAGAUGAUGAACUACGUCAAGAAAGCCAUGGCUCCCGCCAGUUGUCUGGUUCUAUUGAACGAACACCCGCUUCUAAAAUAUUCCACUUCCCGCUCCAUAGCUAAACAUCCCGUCGGCUUGGAGGUGGGUCCUCAGCCUCAAGGGGUUUUGAGGAGUAACAUAUUUGAAGCGAUGAGGGUCAUACUGAAACACGCGUUGGACUUCAUCGCUUUGUUUAACGAAGGCAUGGAAUUCCCGUCUUGCACAGUGGAGGUUUUCCGAGUUUCGGAGAGAGUCGACUACCCCAGAGAUGGCAACGGAAACAUUAUUGCCAUGGUCCACCCCAAUCUACAGGACUGCGACUGGGAGCCUCUGAACCCAGGUGACCCAAUGUUCCAAACUUUUGAUGGGAAGACUAUUCCCUACCAAGGAACCGGAACCGUUUAUCCCACGUUUAUUAAUGAGGCAGCCUAUUAUGAAAAACAACAGGCGUUUGUUACCACUAGACGUGAAACUCUGGUGGCAAGCGCCAUCAGAAAAGCAUAAAAUAAAAAAAAUGUAGAUUUUAAUUGAGCGUUUGGGCCACUUCAACAAUUUGUAUAUAUUUUUUGCACUUUUUUUCCUCUCCUAAUAGAUUCCAAGUUCUGCUCAGUGGUUUUAUUUUUUGUGCACUUACUGACAAAAAUCAGUUAACUAUGCAAAGAAUAUUUGUAAUCUUUACAAGACAAAGAUUUUAAUCUGACAAAUUAGAAGUAUAUUGUGGUUAUUUAUGAUACGAUUGUUAUUUAAAAAAAUUAAAUCCCUUUUAUGAGAUUAAAUCUGGAUCUUAAUUAUUAAAGACCUGAUUAGUUUCUGCUUUGUGAUUAAUUGCUGUAUAUUUCCUUUUUACACUCAGGAAUCUAAUUAAGAAUCAUAACCUUGCAACCUUUGACCCCAAACUGUAGUGAUUUGUCUUCCUAGUAACAUCCUGGGAGGUUAUUUGUGGCCUUUUAAACUACCUGCCAGAAAUUCCUGUGGUGCUCUCCUAUUGUUGCCUUAACAAAACAAAAAAAAACUUAAUUGCGCUGCUAAAUUGAAGUGUUUAUGUAUUGGAUAACACGAUAUUUUAAUAAUAAUAGUAUAUGCUCCUUCCCUGUCUACACGAUGAAAAAAGUGUUAUGUCUAUUUUGAUAUUCUCGUGCUGUAUAAAGUGCUGUGUGGCUAUUAUUCAAGGCAGUUGUGUAUUGUUUUUCCAUGUUUAUAUGUGCUUAUCAAGGCUAUCCCUGUGGUCUUAUUGUCACUCAUCAUUAUGUCUUAUGAUUAUACGUGUUACCACCAUUUUUAUGAUAAGCAAAGUUGGCUGUCCUUUCAAUCCUGUGGAAACAGUCCAUAAAAUAAAUAUAAAAUACUAA